AGUCUUUUUGUUUUUAGGAGCUUCUUGUUGGUGAUUUAAAUGGAUAAUUCACCCAAAAAGUGAAAAGCACAGAACAAGGGUCUAUAUGGUAGAGUAAAAUAUCAAAUCUUUAUUGUGCGGCCAUUAUCAUAUUCUGUCAUGAAUUAAUAACAUUUCAUGUUGACUGAGAAGUCUUUCGCAUUGAUUCCCGAGCCAAAAUCUACAACAAUCUUCUUCCAUAACAAAUCAUAAUUACUGCGAAAAUGUUUUCAUUAAACAUUCCAACGCAGGAACGCCUCACUGUCUACAAAGUAAUGUACUCACAUUAAAUAAUUGUUUCCUUAUCACACUUGGGGAAUGUGUCGAAUUUUAAUGAGAUUUUUCCCACAGACUGUCUGUGGAAGUAGCUGUGAAAUCCUACGAUUGUAAUCUCGCCUCACUCUUUACUGUGAGAGAAACGCAUAAAGAGAGAGUGGGAGAGAUAAGAACGAGGGGGAAAACAGGGUUUGGAUAAGAAUGCGAGCGCUGGAGAUCGCUGGAAGCUCUAAUUUAAGCCAUGACCAAAGAUGGUCAGAUGAAUUGAAGAGCAAGCAUUAAGAAGUUCCCUUCCUUCCAGCACUGUGCUGUGAAAGUGCUAGAGAGAGAGAGAGAGAGGCUUUAGAGAGGAUGUAGAGGGGGUAGGCGAUAAGGUUAUGGGAGAGAUAUUGCUUACUCGCUUAUCUGUGACAAGUGUGCAUGUCUUUGUGUUUGUGUAUGUAGAGGAAGGAGGUUGCGGCAAUCUUGGUUUCUUGUUACAGGCUGAACAUCACCCGUGAUUUGGGCUUUCUUCUCUUGUUCUCCCCUCAUCAUUGUCUGUUCCCCUGCCGUCAGGGAUAUUAACCCACCCAGCCUCCCACAUCAAAACCAUAACACUCCCCCCUCAAACCACAACCCUCUCUGACCCAGUUUUUUGGGGUAAAGGGCUAUUGUGCGCUUUUGAGAGUCUCCCCCUCGCGCAUUCUUCAUUGCGACACAUACUCAUGUACACGCAUAUACAGUAUGUGUGUGUAGGUCUCUUGUGUUGCUGUAAGGUCAGUUGUCUCUGAUCUCCAAGACUGCUCUUCAAAAGAGAAGGAUGCAGAAAUGAGAAGAGGGAAAGCAGACAAGGAAAGGCACGAAAGACAGAAUGUCGAGUAUGUAGUCUGUGAGCUGUGCAGUGUGGGACGCUGUCUGCCCCGUUGUCAUCAGACGUCAUGAGCUGGAGCUUCCUGACGCGUCUGCUGGAGGAGAUCCAGCACCACUCCACGUCGGUGGGGAAACUCUGGCUCACUACGCUAGUUGUCUUCCGCAUUGUGCUGACUGCAGUGGGCGGUGAAUCCAUAUACUACGAUGAGCAAAGCAAGUUUGUCUGUAACUCGGGCCAGCCGGGAUGUGAGAACGUCUGCUACGAUGCUUUCGCACCACUCUCGCACGUGCGAUUCUGGGUUUUUCAGAUCAUCCUCUCCGCCAUGCCCUCUCUGCUCUACAUGGGCUACGCUGCCAAUAAGAUCUCCCACAACGAGAACUUGCGGGGUGGCACAGGGGCCGGUGAUCCAGCUGCAGAUGACUCGGCAGGGGGCGGAUACACCCAGCGUAGACCAAGAAAGAUGUACUUCGGGGCACGGCAGCAUCGAUCAGGACACGAGGAUGGGGAAGAACAACGUGAAGACGACCCCAUGAUUUACGAAGUGCCUGAGAUAAACAACACACGUCGGGAAUUGGUGCCACCACGACCCAAACCCAAAGUGCGUCACGACGGGCGUCGGCGUAUCCGAGAUGACGGCCUGAUGCAAGUAUAUGUGUUACAGCUUCUGACGCGUUCUGCACUGGAGGCUGGCUUUCUGGCGGGACAGUACCUGUUGUACGGUUUUCGUGUGGAACCGAUCUUUGUGUGCUCGGAUAAGCCCUGCCCGCACCAUGUGGACUGCUUCAUCUCACGCCCCACCGAAAAGACCAUCUUCCUACGAAUCAUGUACGGCGUCAGCUGCCUUUGCCUGCUGCUAAACCUGUGGGAAAUGAUUCAUCUCGGAGUUGGAACCAUCGGUGAUGUACUGCGCAAGCGAAACGCAGCAUCUACUGAUGAUGAGUACCAGCUUGGCCUUCUUGCGACGGGUGGCGUGUCCGUCGGAGUAGGCGGGCCUUCGCUCAGCGAGGGGGAACCUGGAGGUGGGGGUGGGGGUGGUGCUAGAGAAGCGGACUAUGUUGGUUAUCCCUUUUCCUGGAACACCCCUUCUGCGCCACCAGGCUACAACAUUGUGGUGAAGCCCGAGACGAUGCCGUACACAGACCUGAGCAAUGCCAAGAUGGCGUGCAAGCAGAACCGUGCCAACAUUGCACAGGAAGAGCAGCAGCAGUAUGGGUCCAAUGAGGACAACUUCCCAUCUGCAGGUGAGGCACGGCCGCCACCCAUCAACAAAGACGUGAUACAGUUAGAGGCGGCGAUUCAAGCCUAUACCUUGCAACACAAUGCUAGCAAUAACCACGACGAGCUCAACGACACUAAUGACAUCGAUGAGAAGCCUCAGAGUAACAUCACCACAGUACCUCAGAAGGAGCGAAAGCAACGGUCCAAGCAUGGGAAAUCUGGGAGCGCUGGGAGUAGCAGCAGCAGCAGCAAGUCAGGAGAAGGCAAACCAUCUGUCUGGAUCUGACAUUUGCACUCACACCUGAACAUUACACUCAGUGGGCAACCUCUUAUCCAUUUUUACACAUUCUAGACACAAAAUAUUGUGUGUAUCCCACAGAUUACAAAGACUGCACAUUCGCAAUUGGAACAUAUGGUGUAUAUAUAUUUUUAAAUGCUUUCAGUGCCUUAAAGGAACUUGAUCUUCCUAAAAUAAUCUUGUGUUCUCAAGAUUAUGUUUAACUCUAAGAACAUUCCCUCAUAAUCCUGAAAAAACUCAUCCGUUUUCAAAGUUUGGAACUAUUCAUUGAGUCACCCAGUGAGAGAAAGUCUUCCUAUCGCAUCCCUUCGGAAGAGUGAUGACACUACAAUCCGAUUCCAAGCCAGCAGCUGUCUUCUUAUUUCCAGUGUUAAACAAUAACUUUUACAUUACAAUGCUAUAACAAUGCAAUGAUGCACCAAUAUAAUAGUGGUACUCUGUGGUCUUCAAGACCCAACAAAACAGUCCUGUGAAAUAAGCUGAUAAACUGUAAUCUACAUUAACAAACACACAAACACAUUCAGUGCAAUUUUUGGUCACACUCAGAGCUAUGGGUGUUAGAAGCAUCAGUGCAAUGUCUUUUAGUUCUUGAAAUUCUAGAUCUCUGUAGCCACCAAGACUUGGGAUAUUUAGUUGAUGGAUCCUUAUCCUACUCUGUUCUUGUACUAUCCCCUACUGGUGAAGAAAGCAGUUGCAGUCUACUCUUAUCAGCCAUAUAAAUAUAUACAGGGUUCCCACAGUCCUAGAAAACCUGGAAAUAACAAGUUAUUUUAAAAGUGUGAUU